UCAGCUCAUCACGAGAUGCCAUUUCGUGGCAAAGCGGAAAGUCGGAAAGGUUUUUCUUUUUUGUUAAAACCCUGCAGCAAACCGCAGCCGCCGGCGAGGAGACCGCCGAUCCACUCCCGCCGCCAUGUCGCAGAUCCUCUUCCGCCGUAUCGCCUCCCACUCCUACGGAAUCCGCGAUAGCGGCUGUUGCCGCCGCCUCGCCUCGGCAGGCGGCCACCACUAUUACGGCGGUGGCGAGAGGCGGCGGGCACCGCCGCAGGAUGACGAGAGCCGCGCGGUGCGAGUGUCGGUGUGGUGGGACUUCGAGAACUGCCACCUCCCCAACGGCAUCAACGUUUUGCGCGUCGCCCCGCGCGUCGCCGCCGCCCUCCGCGCCGCCGGCAUCCGCGGGCCGCUCUCCAUCACCGCCUUCGGCGACGUGCUCCAGCUCGCGCGCUCGUCGCAGGAGGCGCUCGCCGCCACCGGGGUGUCCAUCUCCCACGUCCCGCGCAAUGGGAAGAAUAGUUCUGACCGUUCAUUUAUGGCUGACCUUGUCUACUGGAUUGCUCAGAACCCUCCACCAGUCCAUUUUUUCCUUAUAUCUGGGGACAGAGAUUUUGCAAACAUUUUGCAUCGUUUGCGAAUGAGCAAUUAUAACAUACUCCUUGCUUGUCCUAGUAGUGCUACCAGUGUACUGUGCAGUGCAGCAACAAUUAUGUGGCCUUGGGAAGCUUUAGUUAAAGGCGAGGAUUUCUCGCCAAAGCAUUUUAACCACCCACCCGACGGUUUAUCUGGAUCUUGGUAUGGUCACUGCAAAGGAGCCCUCGAUGACCUCUUCGUGGAGACAGAAUCAGAGGAACCCAUCAAGGUACCAUCUGAUUCCAAGCAUUGUCCAAUACCAUCCGAUUCCAAGCAUUGUUCAAUCCCCAAAUAUGUUACAAAUGCAAUUCUGGAGGCGCUACAUUCAUAUCCUAAAGGGGUGAGCCUCUCAGAGCUUCGAGGAGAGCUUAAAAAGAACAAUAUUUUUCUGGGUACGGAUUUCUUUGGCCACAAGAAGUUCUCUUGCCUUCUCCAAUCGAUGCCAGAUAUUGUUGAAUUUCUUGAUCCUCCACCUGGUGAAAACCAGCCAUAUGUAACUGCGGUCAACAAUAGAUUGCUGCAGCCUGGUGAACAAAGUUCUAAGAUUCAGAGUUCAGCUCAAUGUAAUGUCAAGGAGAAUAACCUCACUCGUACAGAACACAAUGAUAAGACACAUCCAUCUUUUAUGUCUGAACAAGAUUCUAAGCCCCUAAGUUCUUCUCAGAGUAUUGAUGGGAACAGAAGCUUCACAGAGACUGUAAACGAAAAUCCACCUACAUUUGCUGUUUCGUCUUCCCCAUCAGAUGUGUUAUCUAAGGAUCAGAAGGAGUACCCAACAGCUGAUGUGAAUGCACGUACAGAAUCACCAGCCAACCACAGGGAAGUUGAUGAAAGGACUAACCCUGGAACUCCCUCUUCCUCAGGGAUGGAAAAUUCUGUUAACAAAGAUGGACUCUUUAAAAGGAUCUGGAUGCUGUGGAAUGGCUCCGAGAAUGCUAAGUAUGAGGUUUCUCAAAAUAGUGAAAGCACUUCUGCUGAAGUUGUUGAUGAUUUGCAAACUCCUCCACAAGAGUGUAAUGCUGAUCACCGUAGGAAGCUUUUGAAAAGGAUCCAUAAGAAUGGCCGCUCAGAUGGCUCUGAUAGUACUGCAGCAGUAAGUUUUAAUUUGUCAAGUUUAUCUGAUGAUGGCCGUUCUGAAAACAUAAAGAGAGAUCCAUCAAUUCUUGAGAACUCAGAACCGUCUAGUGGACCUGCAUCUCUUCCCAUGGGUAAAGCUGGGAAAAAGGAUGAUACUUCUGAUAUGAAUAAGGGCUUAUUUAGUUGGACAUCAAGGUGGUGGACAUUUGGAAAAUCAGAUGCAGAUAAUAUUACAACCAAUAUAAAUGCCAUUGAUGAAGCAAGGACAGACUCAAUUGAAGAAUCUGAAUCUUCAAAUGCUUCAACUUAUGGAAGUGGAGAACAAGUGGUUAAUGAAAUAUUCACAAAAUCUUACUUUUGGGAUAUUUUGGAGCAACAGUUGUCAAAACCUCUUGGGUCUGAGCUUGUUUCAAAAGCGAAGACUAGGGAGGAGUUGGUGCAUGGAUUGCAGAAGUUAGGUUGUUGGCCUCUCAAAGGCCUCUGUGAGAACGAUCUGCAUCAGCUGGUACAUUUGUUAGUUUCUGAAAAGAAAUGGAUUGAAGAAACUCCUCCCAGACAUUUCCCUUUUCGUCUUACCCUCCUUCACAAGAGGACAUGUGUUCCAUCGAAUUCCAGCAAGUACAAUGGUCUCAGUUCUAUUUUUUCUAAUGGUAAGUCGUCGCAGCAGGGUAAACAUGUCAAUGAUAACAGUAGGACGAGCAGGCCUCUCACUAGGGAGGAAAUACUAUCAGAUUGCCACAAGUUGUUGAAGGAGCUUCUUUCACAAUAUGAAUAUGGAUUUAACAUCAGCAUUUUCAAGCUUCGUUUUGCUCAGAAGCAUGGAUAUGAGCUUGAUCACCAGAAGCUUGGGUAUCCAGACUUGGAAUCACUGUUGCAGAUAAUGCCUGAUGCGAGGAUAAAAUUUCCAAGGGUUCUACGUGCAGAAAAUGGAAAUGGACAGGCUGGCAGCAAGCGAAAUGGAAUUCAAACCAACGGUGAUGACUUCAUUUGGGAGGAACUUGGUCCCGUGUCUGCCACUACAGAAACUACUGCAGGGAAUGAUAAGGAAACAUGCUACUGUCCUCCCACUCCUUCGGAUGAUGAAUUCUCAGAUAACGAUAAUCAAUCCGACCAACAAACUAGAAGAGAUGCUGAGCAGAGCUCACUUCUCCAAAUUAUUGAUUCUUGGAACAGUAGCAAGGAUGGUGGUUCUAGCAAGGAACCUCAGGACAUUGAUAAGCUUGUGGAUUGUUCUAGAAGCGCACACAGGCCUACAAGGCUAUCACAUAAACAAUAUUCUUUUGUGUCGGACUCUGAGGCAGAUAAAGAGAAGGAUAAGCUGGUUGAGAGCGUCUUGGGCAGUCUGCAGAAAGCACAGGGCUCAAAGGUGCACAGUUGAAUUUUUUCUAUAUGCAAAAAUGCUCAAAUUUGCUUCUUUUGGCGCUGCAUGGAUUGACGGGAGUUAUCUAACAGAGUAUCAUUCUCAGUCCUUUUUCAACUUAAGAGAACAUGUUUAUGAUGCCGUGUUUAACUGGUACCGACGACCACAAGCUAGCGGGAAUUCUCGACACUCGAUAGGAACUUGCUGCUGUCUUGGUUGGUUUGAGAACUGUUGAACUAACUCACCAAUUUCUCUGCCGAGGUCGUAUUACUGUGGAAUAAAGUGGAGCAGUGCGAUUCUUCAUGAA